CGGGAGUGCCUUUUGGAGAAAAGUGGGGGCUGUUUUCUCCCCGAAGAGGUCAGUCAAGCAGAGGAUGAUGGAGAGAGCGGCGCAAUUUUAAGAUCCUCUGAAUCUUUCAUAGCCCGCCAGAAAGAGUUGGUCCUGGGAUGUGCUUUUUUUGUCUGGAGCCACAGAAACAUAACCAGAACCAGCUUAACAUCCAGACCAGGAGACAUUGAAUUCUUCUGUCCUCCACGGGGUUAGACGUGACCCCGUUGUGUGUCAACUCAUCUUGUGAGCCUCGGAUGAACGGACGAGAGGAGUGGGCACGACUGCUGGGUGCUAGAAUCCCUAAACCCGUUACGAACAGCGCGGAGGCAGAGCAACACCCGAACUACACAAAAGGUAUGUGUGUGUUGGCCUCCUCAGGGGUGUACGACAUAGCCUCAUUGUUUCCUCUGCAACCUGACUUGUUCUGGAUCAUCAAGAGGAAGACGAAACCAGCUAUGUGUGACUGACUUCGGACAGCCAGUGGCGGAAUUCGUAAAAGAGCCUGUCACACCACGCCCGCAGAGAUGUCCUCGAACGAGCUGAGCGUCGAGAUGGACUCCUGCAUUCGGACGUUCAAGGAGCAUAUGCAUCUGGAGCUGGAGCCCCCCAAGAUCCCGGGCGUGGUUGGAGGAAAACGGGGCACCACGUCCCCUAAACUUUCCCCGCGGAGCUCCCCGCGGCUCUUCCGCAAGCUGAUGGUCAACAAGAGCAUCAGGCAGAGGCGGCGCUUCACCGUGGCACACACCUGUUUUGAUGUGGAAAAUGGCCCAUCUGCCAGCUGCAGCCCUCUGGAUCCUCAGGCCUCCCCCGGUUCUGGACUGGUCCUCCACACCAACUUCCCCGGUCACAACCAGCGCCGCGAGUCGUUUUUGUAUCGCUCUGAUAGCGACUAUGAUCUGUCACCCAAGUCAAUGUCACGGAACUCCUCCAUCGCCUCUGAACUACACGGCGAUGACCUAAUCGUGACGCCUUUUGCCCAGGUCCUGGCAAGCCUUCGAAGUGUAAGGAAUAACUUCACCGUACUGACCAAUGUCCAGUGUGCCUCCAACAAGAGGUCUCCUGCAGCCACAAACCAGCCUGCAGUCACCAAAGUGUGCCUCCCAGAUGAGGCGUACCAGAAGCUGGCCAUGGAGACCAUGGAGGAGUUGGACUGGUGUCUGGACCAGCUGGAGACAAUCCAGACCUAUCGCUCUGUCAGCGACAUGGCCUCCACCAAGUUUAAGAGAAUGUUGAAUCGGGAGUUGACGCACCUAUCUGAGAUGAGUCGGUCUGGGAACCAGGUGUCCGAAUUCAUCUCCAACACCUUCCUAGACAAACAGAACGAGGUGGAGAUACCAUCGCCAACUCUGAAGACGCGGGAGAAGAAGAAGCAGCAACUGAUGACGCAGAUCAGCGGGGUCAAAAAGGUCUCCCACGGAUCAUCGCUGUCCGGCAGCAGCAUCUCCCGGUUCGGGGUCAAAACCGAUAAGGAGGAGCUGCUGUCCAAGGAGCUGGAAGAUCUGAACAAGUGGGGUUUGAACAUCUUCACCGUGUCAGAAUACUCAUACAGCCGACCUCUCACCUGCAUUAUGUACGCCAUCUUUCAGGAGCGAGACCUGUUAAAAACAUUUAGGAUCCCAGUGGACACGUUUGUGGCUUACAUGAUGACGCUGGAGGAUCACUACCAUUCAGAUGUGGCCUACCAUAACAGCCUGCACGCGGCUGACGUAGCCCAGUCCACGCACAUCCUGCUCUCCACCCCAGCCCUUGAUGCUGUCUUUACCGACCUCGAAAUUCUCGCCGCCAUCUUCGCUGCCGCCAUCCACGAUGUUGACCAUCCCGGAGUAUCAAACCAAUUCCUAAUCAAUACCAACUCUGAGCUGGCGCUGAUGUACAACGACGAGUCUGUGCUGGAGAAUCAUCACUUGGCUGUGGGAUUCAAACUCCUGCAGGAGGACAGCUGCGAUAUCUUCCAGAACCUCACCAAGAAGCAGCGACAGUCCCUACGGAAGAUGGUCAUUGACAUGGUUUUAGCCACGGACAUGUCCAAACACAUGAGUCUGUUGGCUGAUCUGAAGACCAUGGUGGAAACCAAGAAGGUGACAAGUUCUGGAGUGCUGCUGCUAGACAAUUACACUGACAGAAUACAGGUGCUGCGAAACAUGGUGCACUGCGCCGACCUGAGCAACCCCACAAAGUCCCUUGAGCUGUAUCGCCAGUGGACCGAUCGGAUAAUGGAGGAGUUCUUCCACCAGGGAGACCGAGAAAGGGAGAGGGGGAUGGAGAUCAGCCCCAUGUGCGAUAAACACACGGCUUCCGUGGAAAAGAGCCAGGUGGGCUUUAUCGACUACAUCGUCCACCCGCUGUGGGAGACUUGGGCCGACCUGGUCCACCCGGACGCCCAGGACAUCCUGGACACGUUGGAGGACAACAGGAACUGGUACCAGAGUAUGAUUCCUCAGAGCCCCUCUCCGCCCUUCUACGACCAGGGCACCCACGGACAUGGGGGCGGCACCGGGGGCCAAGGAGGUGGGGAGAAGUUCCAGUUUGAGCUGACCCUGGAGGAGGAGGACUUGGACGGAAUCGAGAAAGACGUGGAGGACGAAGACGAGGAGGAGGACAGCCUGGGAGAUUCUCGCUCCCCUCCUCCGGACUAUCAGGACGAGUGUGACAUGAUGGAGCCCGGCCCCACGGCGAUAGAGAUCGUGACACACGAGGCGUCGCCCACGGACACAUAGGGCGGCGACACACGCGCCGGUUUGAGUUUGGAAAAAGAGGGGCGAUCCUCCUGCAGCUGGGCUUUUGAACAAAAGCCAGAGAAGCUUAGUUUUGGCCCGCACGGGGGGCGUCUUGCACUCGGGUGUUGGAAGCCACGCACGGACGGACAGUUUUCACAAGAAGCGGCUUCAGAGUUCUCAGGAAAUCAUUUGAGUCUUGAUGGACACUAGAGACUGACGGCGGAAAAAGCGAAGGAUUUAGGUCAGCUCGGUACUGGCACUAGAUGGACUUUGACACUACUGAGAGAAAUUUUGUAACUUAAGACUUUUUUUUAAUAGAUCUAGAAGUAGCAGAUAAAACCAUCCACUGAUGGAGUUUGUAUAGCAAGAGAAAGUGUUUACUUUUUUCCUGUACCAUUUGUCAGAGAUCUUUUGUGUGCCUUUUUUUUACUAAUGUCUUUGUAUCGUUAUUUUUUGUUUUUGUUUUUCUUAUUUAUUGAACACUCUAGUGUGUCUUUGAAAUGUUUUUUCUUAUCUGAGAGAGUAAAACCAUUUUUGUAUGUUCUAAAAAGUCUUCCAUGUAUUGGGCAAUAGAGAAACAUAAUGUCGUCCUCUUAGUAGGGAAACAUCAACGCACACAUUUUGUCGGAUUUAGAUUUCAGUCCAGAGUAUUAUUUUGGUUAAAUGUUUUGUAAGUUACUUUUUAUUUUCAAACAUAUUCUUCAUCGCGUAUGUUUUUUUUCUUGAAACAGUCCGCAAACCUCAUGGGCUUCCUAACCUUUCACAGCAAAACUGGAACUCAAAGUUGCGUUUUUGGUUUUUUCCCAUGUCCAUCCAUCCAUCCAACUUCUUCUGCUUAUCCGAGGUCGGGUCGUGGGGGCAGCAGCCUAAGCAGGAAAUCCCAGACAUCCCUCUCCCCAGCCACUUAGCCAAACUCUUCCCAGGGAAUCCCGAGGCGUUCCCAGGCCAGCCGGGAGAAAUAGUCUUCCCAACGUGUCCUGGGUCUUCCCAGUGGCCUCUUACCGGUCGGCCAUGCCCUAAACACCUCUCUAUGGAGGCGUUCGGGUGACAUCGUGACCAGAUGCCCAAACCACCUCAUCUGGCUUCUCUCGAUGUGGAGCCCCUGCCACCCGGCGGAGGAAACUCAUUUCGGCCGCUUGUACCCGUGAUCUUGUCCUUUCGGUCAUAACCCAGAGCUCAUGACCAUAAGUGAGGAUGGGAACGUAAAUCGCCCGGUAAAUUGAGAGCUUUGCCUUCCGGCUCAGCUCCUUCUUCACCACAACGGAUCGAUACAGCGUCCGCAUUACUGAAGACGCCGCACUGAUUCGCCUGUCGAUCUCACGAUCCACUCUUCCGUCACUCGUGAACAAGACUCCGAGGUACUUGAACUCCUCCACUUGGGGCAGGGUCUCCUCGCCAACCCGUAGAUGGCACUCCACCUUUUACCGGGUGGGAAUCAUGGACUCGGACUUGGAGGUGCCGAGUCUCAUCCCAGUUUUUUUCCAUGUCAAACAGGCUUAUUCAUUUUCUCCUUCCACAUGACAGUAAAAAUUUAAAUUAUGUUACUACUGUACACUACCUGGCUUUGCCCCCUUCACGCUGCCCGAAUGUAAAGCCGGAGUCCACAGUUAUCCAGCGCAACUCUUAAUAGGAUCAGGAAGGGAGUAAGGAUUACCCACAUACCAUGGUCAUUCCUUUCCAUCCGGGUCACGGCACCUUCACACUGCCGGGAUCUCCAGCCAUGGUCCACAGAUUGAGAGUCGAUUGCGCUAGCCAACGAGCUUGAAUCUUGAGCUGACUCAUAAGGCGUCAUGGAGUAAGGUUCACCAAAAUACUCUGCGUCCCCCAAUUGGCAUCCGUUGUACUCACCCCACUAGACCUCACGUUCAUCUGGGUAACGGCACCAAAGUAAGCUGCUUGGCUUUUCCCCUUCAAACUGCCAGGGGGUCUAAUCAGGGUCCACAGGUUGAGCUUCGAGUGCACUAGCCAACAAGCUAAAAUCCCGAGCUGUCGGUGUGGCUGUUAGGGCGUCAGGAAGUGAAUGAGGUUUAGUGACGUACUCUUCUCACUCACUUUCAUCCGGGUCAUGGCACUAAUGUAAGCACCUCUUUCACAAUGUCGUGAGGGUCCACAGAUUGAGGGUCGUGUGCGCUAGCCAACGAGCUAAAACCUUGAGCUGUCGGUUGGACUCUUAAGGCAUCAGGGACUGCGUGAGGUUUACCGACGUAAUCACUUUCAUCCGGGUCCCGGCACCAAUCUAUGAUUAAUGGCUCUGCUCCCUUCAGACUACCAGAGGGUGGCCAACAAGCUGAACUCUCGAGUGAGGUUCACCAACGUACUUUGCUGGCCCCAAUCUGGCAUCCGUUGUAUUCACCUCAAUAAGCCUCACGUUCAUCCGGGUCACGGCACCAAAGUAAGCCGCUCGGCACCGCCCCCUUCACACUGCCAGAGUGUCCGACCAGGGUCUACAGAUUGAGAGUCUGGUGCACUAGCCAACAAAUUAAAACCUUGAGCUGUCGGUGGGACUCUUAAAGCAUCAGGGGCUGCGUGAGCUUUACCGACGUACUCCGGUCACUCACUUUCAUCCGGGUCACGGCACCAAUGUAUGAUUAUUGGCUCUACCAGAGGGUGGCCAACGAGCUGAACUCUCGAGUGAGGUUCACCAACAUACUUUGCUGCCCCCAAUCUGGCAUCCUUUGUAUUCACCCCAACAAGCCUCACCUUCAUCCGGGUCACGGUACCAAAGUUAGCUGCUCGGCACCGCCCCCUUCACACUUCCAGAUUGUCCAACCAGGGUCUACACACUGAAAGUCGAGCAAAAAUCUUGAACUGUGGGUGUAACUCUUAAGGUUUCCUUACAUACCUUACCAUUUGUCACACUACUCCUGAGCUAAAAUAGAAUAGAAUAGAAUAGAAUAGAAUAGAAAGUACUUUAUUGAUCCCUGGGGAAAAUUCAGCACCACAGUUGGCUCACAAUAGACAAUAAUAAUAAUGAUAAUAAUAAAUAAUAUAUAACAUAUAUUAUAUAUAUAAUAUAUGGAUAGUAUAAAUGUAUUCUACAUUUAAGUGCAGUCAAGGAACAUAUGCAUUAUACAGUCUGAUGGCUGUCGGUAUGAAGGACCUCCUGUGUCAUCCCAGGUUGCAUUUAGGGAGUCUGAGCCUUCCACAGAACGUGCUCAUUCUUUCCGCAAGGUCCGAGUGUAGUGGGUGGGAGGUGUUGUCCAUAAUGGCUCGGAGUUUUGCUAGACUUCUCCUCUCUGACACCACCGCCAGAGAGUCCAGCUCCACUCCCACCACGUUACUGGCCUUCUCUACCAACUUGUCCAGUCUGUUUGUUUCCCCCAGCAAGCCACGGCAUAAAAUAGCAGAAAUAUAAGCAAUUCGUGUCAACACAUACCUUCAUGGUUUUAGAUUUUCCUGCCAUUCCUUCGACUCAAACUAUAAAACCAAUUUGAGUCCAAAAAAAAGACUCAUUUCACCGAGUUAAGCAAACAAACUAGUUUUUAAUCACAUUUACCUCCUGUGGAAGCCGAGUAUGAGUAGUACAAACUGCACAUGGGUCUGGAUUUUAUUUUGAGCUAGCAGGUAUGAUGCGGUUUUAAUAACGUUGUUAUUCGGAACUGGUCCUGACCCCCGGCCUGUCUGGUGCAAUGUCCUCCUGCCCCUAUGCAAUCAGGCCCAGACCCCAUGACUCAAGGAGCUGUCGAUAUAAAAGUGAAAUUUCCUCUCAGAGCCUCAUCAGAGCCAUGAGCGAUCCCUUUUCUGGGCUCCAUGGACACAACCCGAAACAAAUCAGGCCGGCGAAAAUCCCCCAAGUGCUGCUUCCGCCCUUUGACGUCAUUUGUCUCCCGCUCUGCUGCACCAGCUUUCCAGGGCACUUUUGGUUCUUCUUAUGGCUUGACACGCAUAGAAGUGACUUUGGGGAAAGAAGGUUAAAUGAGGUGCUCUAUUUGGAAAGAAAAAAUUGUCUUUUUUUUUUUUUUUUUGAAAGGGGUUUGCAGAACAUUUGUUUUUGAGUUGACGAUCACACCUUUUUAUGCCUGACCUACUAAAAUGGUACUGCAUCGUGCGGCAAUCACCUGUGUAUGGUAUGAAUGUGCGGUACGGCAGGUUUUGUACUCAACAGUGUGGUUGCGUGUGUGUUUAGAUGUGUAGACUUUGCCGUUGGGCCUUAUCCUCCUCCCCCGUCACGCCUCACCUUUUGUCUAGAACCGUUUGUUGCUUCCAGCUAAUGUUGGUCUUUUUUGCUGUUUAUAACAGUAUAUGUAUAUUUAUUCUAUACUUUAAGCAUUGUAAAUAAGAAAUACUGGUUCAGUGUAAAAUCUAUUUUAAUUUAAAUAUGCAUUACCGGGAAAGUGAUGGGUGUCUAAUGUGUAGAAGACUUUUUUUUUUUUUAUACGAAAAAGUGUACUAUAUAUUGUUAUAUAACAUAAACACAACGUUGUGUAUAUUAUCCGCACAAUGUUUUUCGAGUGGCCAGCUGAGCAGGAGCUGAAGGAACGUCGUCAGCUGAGAACCUUGUCACUCCAAAAUGACCAAAGUCUAUUGUAAUGCUGCAUUCACAAAAGUAAUCAUCAAAUGCAUUUAACCAAAAGAAAAAAAAAACAACCUCAAUGAUCAUAUAUGAUAUAUUUUUCUUGUUUGAUUUCCCCCUGAUCAAUAUUUGAAGGUACAAGGUUGUCAUCUGGCAGAAGUUUGGUGCAUAAGCUCGAGCAGUGGUUCUCUAAGUACCACCAUAAUGACCGAACGAUAAGAUACAGUAGCAUAGCAGGCGUAAGUAUUCAUUAAAAACAUAUGUAAUAUUUCUGGCCACUGUAACAUUACACACGGUUUUGAGCAGCAACACUCUUGUUUGAACAGAAGCAAAUAAAACACUGUACUUUUACCAAGUGAUUCCUUGGAGCCCGCAGUUUAGGAAUCAGGGGGUUAGAAAAUGGGAUAUUUGCAUACCAUUGCUUAAUCAUUGCUCCGUAUCCAAACACACACCUAUCUUAUUUUGAGAGCUUCUAUUUCCGAAUAUGUCUCCUUUUAUCACGUAGUGUAAAAGUAGGUGUGACAGCAAAAAAAAAAAAAAAGCACCGGUGGCAUGCAACAAUACGCACGGCACUCAAUUGGUGACAACAAAAUAUGGUCUUUUGUAACUGAUUGUGUGAACUACUCCGGACCAAACUUGUCAUGGUUGUAAAAGCCAGACGUGUUCAGUAUUAGCACUCUUUUAUCUCCGUCCAUGCUUUCUUGGUCCUAGUUGUGUCCAAAUGGUUAGCCUGAUUUUGCACUACCUGCAUGACGGUUUUUGUUAUUCGUCAAUCUUACAUUGAGGUCCACCGGUUGUUGCAGGUGGCUUGAUAAAUGUUUCACACAAUGUAUGGCAUUAUAUUGUGUAUUGUGUUCCAAAAUACACCUGGAAUCCUUUUUCUAAGAAGUGAUUAAAAGCAUGAGUAUACGA